AUGCGAGACAUCGAUGAGAUAAAUGCAGAAGCACUGAACGAGAAUGCAGCGAUCAAACAGGCGAUAUUAAGUGGUGAUUCUAACGUGCAGAAGUUUUAUGAUAACGCUGUAGUGUUCAUCACUGGCGGAUCAGGAUUCAUUGGCAAACAGCUGAUCGAAAAACUUCUAAGGUCAUGUAAUAUAAUGAAAAUCUAUGUUUUAUUACGAGUGAAGAAGAAUAAAACGAUUGAAGAGAGACUGAAGGCUCUUCUGGACGAUCCGGUAUAUGACGACCUUCAUAAGGAACAACCUAACUUCGUGCAUAAAAUAGUUCCAAUAGAAGGUGAUAUUGAGUCUCUGAAAUUGGGCAUCGAUGACGAGAGUUGGAAAACACUUGCCGAGGAGGUUAGUGUAAUAAUCCACGCCGCUGCUACAGUAAACUUUAACGAAGCAGUUAAAAAAGCUACUUUAACCAACGUUCGGGGAGCAAGAGAAGUACUAAAAUUAGCGGAAAUAUGCAAGCACUUAAAGUAA